AAGUGGAGCCGGAAGUCAUGGGCUGUGCUGUCUCUCUUCAUUUCUUUCAUAGCUCUAUGUUCCCGAGCAAAGAAGGAAGCUGGCCUCUGCCGCCGCCGCCGCCGCCGCCAUUCAGCAUGAGCCGCUUCAAGUUCAUUGAUAUUGGAAUUAACUUCACUGAUCCAAUGUUCAGAGGCAUCUACAGAGGUACUCAAAAACAUCAAGAUGACUUCUUGGAUGUAGUGGACAGGGCAAUCAAAACUGGUGUUAAAAAGUUCAUGAUUACAGGUGGAAGUCUGCAAGACAGUAAAGAUGCACUGCAGCUGGCACAAACAAAUGAUAUGUUUUAUAGUACUGUUGGCUGCCAUCCUACCCGCUGUGGAGAAUUUGAGCAGAGUAACCCAGACCAGUACUUCCUGGAGUUACAAGAUCUAGCUAAGAAAAACAAAGGGAAAGUCAUAGCAAUUGGGGAGUGUGGCUUGGAUUUUGACAGAUUACAAUUCUGCCCUAAGGAUACUCAACUCAAGGAGAAAACCAGCACCAUUUCUUGGCAGCACAGUUGGUUAACUAGAACCCUUUCACAGUCCAAAGAAAUACAUGUAACCUGCUUUUUACAGGUACACUCUUUUGAUGGCACCAAAGAAGAGGCAGCAGCUUUAAUAGAGUUGGAUUUUUAUAUAGGAAUAAAUGGUUGUUCACUGAAAACAGAAGCCAAUUUAGAAACAGUGAAGUCAAUUCCCAAUGAAAGAUUAAUGAUAGAGACAGAUGCUCCCUGGUGUGGAGUGAAAAAUACCUAUGCUGGAUCAAAAUAUGUAAAAACUACUUUCCCUACCAAAAAAAAGUGGGAAGCUGGACACUGCUUGAAAGAAAGAAAUGAACCUUGUCAUAUCAUUCAAAUACUGGAAAUACUAGCAGCAGUACGUGAAGAAGAUCCAUUAGAACUUGCCAACACUAUGUAUAACAACAGUAUUAAAGUCUUCUUUCCAGAUAUGUAAAACAGUAUAUGUAUUAUCAUGUGUCCUAUUACUUGUGAUCAUUAAAUAAAAAGGUUGAAGUCCUGUUUCAA